AUGGAGCCCCCCGGCGCCGUGGCAGGAGGCGGAGCGGGCAGCAACGUGCCUGCCUUCCUCACCAAGCUGUGGACGCUGGUGGAGGACCCGGACACGGACGCGCUCAUCUGCUGGAGCCCGAGUGGGAACAGCUUCCAUGUUUUCGACCAAGGCCAGUUUGCCAAGGAGGUCCUCCCCAAAUAUUUCAAACACAACAACAUGGCCAGCUUUGUGCGGCAGCUGAACAUGUACGGUUUCCGAAAGGUGAUCCACAUCGAGCAGGGCGGGCUGGUCAAGCCCGAGAAGGAUGACACUGAAUUCCAGCACCCCUACUUCCUCCGUGGCCAGGAGCAUCUCCUGGAGAACAUCAAGAGGAAAGUCACCAACGUGUCCGGCAUAAAGAACGAGGACAUCAAGGUUCGCCAGGACAGCAUGACCCAGUUGCUGACCGAUGUCCAGCUGAUGAAGGGCAAGCAAGAGAGCAUGGACUCCAAGCUGAUCUCCAUGAAGCACGAGAACGAGGCCCUGUGGCGAGAGGUGGCCAGUUUGCGUCAGAAGCACACGCAGCAGCAGAAGGUCGUCAGUAAGCUCAUCCAGUUCCUGAUUUCCUUGGUGCAGUCCAACCGGAUCCUCGGGGUGAAGAGGAAGAUCCCCCUGAUGCUGAACGACGGCGGUUCACCCCACAGCAUGCCCAAGUAUGGCCGGCAGUACUCCUUGGAGCACCUCCACAGCCCGUCCCCCUAUUCGGCGUCCUCCCCAGCGUACGGCGGCCCCAAGCUCUACUCUCCUGACUCCGGCCCCAUCAUCUCCGACGUGACCGAACUGGCCCAGUCCAGCCCGUCCCCCUGCCCCAGCAGCAGCAGCUUUGAGGAGGAGAGGAGCAGCCCCCUGGUCCGUAUCAAGGAAGAGCCCCCGAGCCCCUCCUGCAGCCCCUCCGCAGAGGACGUCAGCCCCGUGGGCCCCCCGCUCUCGCCCUCCACGUUCAUCGAUUCCAUCUUCCAGGAGGAGCAGCCCAGCAGCACUUCGGCCACGGCCCCCCCCACCCAGGGCAGCCCAGCGCAGCCCCAGGAGAAGUGCCUCAGCGUGGCCUGCCUGGACAACAGGAACGACAGGCAGGUGGCGUUGGCAGGAGUGCCCAGAGGGGCCGUGGCAUGCUCUGCCCUCCCCCCCCCGCCCCACCAGGUGCCCUUUUGCCUCCCCAGGAACGAGCUGAGCGAGCACCUGGAGACCAUCGAUUCCAGCCUGGACCACCUGCAGACCAUGCUGACCACCCACAGCUUCAGCGUGGACACCAGCGCCCUGCUGGACCUCUUCAGCCCUUCCAUGGGGGUGACGGACAUGAACCUGCCGGAUCUGGACAGCAGCUUGGCCAGCAUCCAGGAGCUCCUCUCCUCGCAGGAGCCGCAGAAGCCAGCCGAGGGGGAAGACGCCACGGCAGACGCAGGCAAACAGUUGGUGCAUUACACGGCCCAGCCCCUCUUCCUGGUGGACUCCAACACGGUGGACGUGGGCAGUGCGGACGUGCCCAUCUUCUUCGAGCUGGGGGAAGGACCCGGCUUCCCCGAGGGAGAGGAUGGCUUGGAGGACCCCAGCCUCUCUCUGCUCUCUGGGACGGAGCACCCCAAGCCCCAGGACCCCGCGGUCUCCUAA